CCGGAAGGAGUCAUAACUGUCCACCUGAGAAAAAAAAGACCACUUUAAUGCGUCUGCGGAGAUUAACGACAGACGUUUAAUUAUAAACGUCCUGUUAGUGAUUUAUUUGAAAUAUACAGCAUUAAAGUCUCAGAUUAACGUCGGACGGAGCCGCUUCAGACGUCGAGGAGCCGCGCAGGAAUGUCGUCCAGCCUGUUAGCUGCCGUUAGCACCCGGAGCUAACAGUCAGAGAUAGUUUCAUUAAUUUACGUUGUUUUAAAAAAACAGUUUCUGAACUGACUUUAAUUAAAUGGAUGAGCACAAGGAGAAUAUUCAGGUCGAGGACGUCAACGUAAAGAUGUCUAAUGCAAAAGAAGAGGAGAAGGACAAGCCUUGCAGCAGAUUGUGUCCUCCUGAAGAAUCUGCUCCUCAGGGUUCCCCGUCUCAGUCCAACAGCGACUUCAGUCAUCCAGUGUACAAAGAGAUCGCUCUGGCCAACGGACACAUCAACCGCAUGUCCAAGGAGGAGCUUCGGCUCAAAUUAGCGGAGCUGAAGCUCGACACGAGAGGAGUGAAGGAUGUGAUGAAGAAGAGGCUGAAGAGCCACUAUAAGAAGCAGAAGCUGAUGCAGACGGCAGCAGAGGGAGGUCCCACCGACACCUACUACGACUACAUCUGUGUGGUCGACUUUGAGGCCACAUGUGAGGAAGAUAAUCCCUCCGACUUCCUCCAUGAGAUCAUCGAGUUCCCCAUGGUCCUCAUCAACACCCACACCUUAGAGAUCGUGGACACCUUUCAGGAAUACGUGAAACCAGAAGUGAACCCGCAGCUUUCAGACUUCUGUGUGAAGUUAACGGGGAUAACUCAGAAAAUGGUCGAUGAAGCAGAGCCUUUCCCUGCAGUCCUUCAGCGGGUCGUAGUCUGGCUUCAGGAGCGGGAACUCGGAACCAAAUACAAAUACGCCAUUCUGACUGAUGGGGCGUGGGACAUGAGCAAGUUCCUCAACAUCCAGUGUCGGAUCAGCCGCAUCAGAUAUCCUCAGUUUGCCAAGAAGUGGAUCAACAUCAGGAAGUCGUAUGGAAACUUCUACAAGGUUCCUCGCACCCAGACGAAGCUGAGCACGAUGCUGGAGAAGCUCGGCCUCAAGUACGAAGGCCGUCCUCACUCCGGUCUGGACGAUUCAUGCAACAUCGCCAGGAUCGCUCUGCGGAUGCUGCAGGACGGCUGCCAGCUGCGCGUCAACGAGAGAAUGCAUGCCGGACAGCUGCUGUCUGUUCCCAGCUCAGCCCCCAUGGAAGGAGCUGCAGCUCCUCAUAAGCCCCGCAGCAGAAACUGAACACCACCCUGCACCCCGCAGUUACAGACUAGAGGCACUUUAAAUGGAGCUUAAAGCUGCACACGGGGUCAGUGUUUAGAACUUCAUACGUGAAGGUUCCUCUGACCGUUUAUUUUUACACCAGAUGUUUAAAACCAGAUCAUUCCUGCGUGUUGUGAGUUAAACCUGCCUCACUUUGCCUUAUCAAGCUGCUGAUGUUCAACCAUUUGAUUUCAGUUGUUCCAUGAUGUUCAGAAUUCAGCUUUUGAUUCUGGUUUUUGCCCAAAAGAAUCCAAGUUUGAACAAGAGAUUCGUUUACGCUUUUAAAUGUAAGAAAAUCUGCAGCUUUACAUUCUCAUCAGUGUUCAUGUUGGCCUUUAAAACACCGUAUCUGUCUAGUAAAACACAGAGAAUGCUGCUAUCGGUGUGCUGUUUGAAGUGCUACACAGUGACACAACAUCAGUUUCACACUUUCCCAGAGUGACUUGAAGGAAACAGUCCCGUGGACUUUAUCGUCUGGAUGGUCUCAGAUUCUGAGAUCUGUUAUCUCCUUACAGGAAUGAUAGAAACAGAGUACAGGCGGUCAUUUGACAAACCUCGUGAUGAACAGCUGCAGAGUUUCCAUUUUGUCUGUUGUCCAUGCAGUUUGAGUUCAGCCUGUGCUGUAGUAUCGUGUCUGCUUUUAUUUCAUGGAGGAUAAUCUAUUUUAACGAGAACAAAUAUUCUUCUGAAUGCUAAAUAGUUCGAAUAAAAUAUGUUCUCUGUUCA